GGAGGGAAGCUGCGAAUUGGGUUGGAGAGGUGUCAGCGGCUCCAAUUUUCUGCCUUCAAAGCGUCCCUCUUCAUUUGAGGGGGCAGGUCGAGCUGCUGGAGAGGUGGGGAGUCGAGGUGACCUUUCCUGCUUGGGGUGGUCAGGACAAAGAGGUGUGAGCAAGCUUACUGAGCUGGCUGGUCCAUCAUGGCGGAAAAAGUGAACAACUUCCCACCAUUGCCCAAAUUCAUCCCGCUGAAGCCAUGUUUCUACCAAGACUUCGAGGCAGACAUCCCUCCUCAGCAUCUUAGCUUGACCAAGCGCCUCUACUACCUCUGGAUGUUGAACAGCGUCACGCUGGCCGUGAACCUGGUGGGCUGUCUCGCGUGGCUGAUCGGAGGCGGGGGAGCCACCAACUUUGGCCUGGCCUUUCUCUGGCUCAUCCUCUUCACACCUUGCUCCUACGUCUGCUGGUUUCGGCCCAUUUACAAGGCCUUCAAGACAGACAGCUCCUUCAGCUUCAUGGCGUUCUUCUUCACGUUCAUGGCUCAGCUGGUCAUCAGCAUCAUCCAGGCUGUGGGGAUUCCAGGCUGGGGUGUCUGCGGCUGGAUUGCCACCAUCUCCUUCUUCGGGACAAACAUCGGUUCAGCGGUGGUGAUGCUCAUUCCCACGGUCAUGUUCACAGUUGUGGCCGUCUUUUCCUUCAUUGCCCUUAGCAUGGUUCAUAAGUUCUACCGGGGUAGCGGAGGCAGUUUCAGCAAGGCUCAGGAGGAAUGGACCACUGGAGCGUGGAAGAACCCACAUGUGCAGCAGGCAGCCCAGAAUGCAGCCAUGGGGGCUGCACAGGGUGCCAUGAAUCAACCGCAGACUCAGUAUUCUGCCACUCCCAACUACACGUACUCCAAUGAGAUGUGAGCCAGCCAAGCCCACCAGGAGGCAGGGCUGGGGGCCAGUGGGACAGGGGGCUCAAGCCACAUCCUCUGUGUGGUGACCAAGCAGGGUUCCCCCUUCCCUUUUCUCCUCCCCAACUUUGUACAAAGAAUCAGAGUUAUAUAUAUAUAUAUGUAUACGUAUAUGUAUAUGUCUAUCCCUGCCCCCACCUUUGGGUCCUCCGGGAACUUCGCACUGCACAAGAAGUGUUUCUGUGCAUUGGUAGCCGAGCCUAUGUCCCCUUGUGAGAUAAUGUACAGUGGCGAUCUCUUGUUGUGGUGCUAGAUGUAUGUUUAGAACUAAACCAGCCCCCUCCAUCCAUCAGGUUGUCCCCCCUGACCCUGGCCCAGGAACUCCACAGGCCAGGGGGAGGCCUAGCAGGGAGCCUGAUACCUUGUGCAGGGUUAUGAGCCUAAGCUAUUUCUGCCUUUAGUCCCAUCGGGAAGCAACAGUAUUAGUGUUCAUGGUGAUAGGCAGGUUCUAGGGGAUGGGACAGAGAGGAUGUCCCCUUGCUCCCUGUAGUCCUCCCUCAACCUCCUCUUCCCCUUGUUCCUCCCUCACUGUGAGAUUCUUUGUGCUCAUUUCCCUAGCUGGCUCCCCUGUGAUCUUUUUCCUUCCCAUGUAGCUUUUCGUUGUCUUCCUAAGGCUGGGUGUCUCAGUUAUGUCUGCUUUUAAGACCACCCAGAUACCCCCAAUCUGCCCAAUCCAGUUCCAGGAAGCUGACACGGGAGCUGAGCCAACCCUGAAGUGGAAGGGGCACACAGCUUGGGAAUUCUGAGCCCAUUUGGUACUUGACACCCAGGGAAUGGAAAUGCACAGCUGGUCUCCUUGAUUCUGCAAGAUUGGCCCGCAGAGGCAGGCUUCUUUUCCCUCUCCUGGCUUCCACCCCUUUCUGCCCAGAUCCACCUUGAGCUGCUCUGCAUUUCCCUCUGGCUUGUAUGAGGCACUUGCCAGGUGUAAAGGCUGUGGUGGAACAGAGGGCGUGCAACUCAUCAUUGGUCCCUGGGGGAGGUGUGGCUGACUCCAGCCCAGAAGGGCUUCUAGCUUCUCAGAGUGACCACUGGAUUCCUGGAAGGAGAAGCUGUUCUAAUUGAGUCUGGCAGAAAGGAUAGAGGUCAGAGGGCCAGGUCUGAAGGGGAAGGAUCAGGAGAAGUCAGAUAAGACCCAUUGAGAGAGUGGCUCACCUCUCCAGUCUCCCUUGUCCUGGCUACAGGACACAUUCUGCAGAGAUGCUCCCAGGCCCAGUCCAGGCUGCAAGCACAAUGUCCCGAGUAGGAUUCCUGGUUGUCAGGGAGGAAGGGCAGGAGGGCUCCGCCUUUAGUUUUUAGUUUAGUGUUCUGCCCUUCCCUCUUCUUCAUUCAAGAGAGCGACAGGACUCGAUUCCAGGCCCUUCCUCAGUUCUCUUAGAACCCUCAUCUCUCUCUAGACUGAUCUUAGUUCCCGGGACUCUAUCUCUCAAGCAGUGUGUGCACAUGGGUAGCGUAUCCCUCUCUUCGCGAGGCCUGAGGUGGGUAGGCCUUACCAAGGAGCAGCUGGCUGUUUCUCAUCUCCUUGCAACAGAAACCCACCUGGACUAGGGGACUGGAAAACCAUUCCACAGUGCUUUGCCUUGGACCCUAAAGACCUGGUUUCAGGCCACCUUGAGCUUUGAUUUUUUUUUUUUUUUUUUUCAGCUUCUAUCUUGUAAGAGAAACCAAGAGUGUCUGGAAAGUUCCCUUCCUGUUGACUCCCUAGGCUUAGUUGAUUCUCCCCUACUGUUUUCUCUACGGAGAGCAGUUGUCAUAACUCCUGCUACCCUGAGAGAUUCUAGGGCUAGGCCCUUCCUCCUCUUCCCUUCUCCCGGCUCCCUUUCUCUUAGUCCUCUGGUACUUCCAGGAGGGCUGUGAUCCAGCUGCCACCCUGGCAUCCACAGCUGUUGGGGGUCACCCCCAGUCAACUUCCUGUCCUAGCUGCCUUUCCCCUGUCCUGGCUCACACCUAUUGGCCAUGCCUGGCACUGCCCUUGGGAAAGCCUGUCACCAGUGUCUGGCCCAGCUGCUCAGGCACUGGGAUGCUGCAUCUCCAGGCAACUAUGCACUUUGACGAGGAGAGAGUGAGAGAGAUGGGGCCGGGCACAGAUGGUUUGCUUGAGGGGUGGGAGGGCCCGGUGGAUGCUGGGAGUCCUCCUGUCUGUCGCCAGCCAGUGACCUGCUUUUGCAUUCUCCUGGUGCCCACUGCCCCUUGUUUCUGAGAGACACAAACUAUCCCCUCAUUGGCAGUUGACCUGCCCGAGCCAGUGUCUAUCUGUGUAACUGGAUGAAUAUAAUAAAGGGACCAUUUGACCCU